AUGAUCAACCACACUGAAUACCAGGCACUGCGCUUCCGCCCCAUCGCUAUCAGCAUCGAGACUAAGAGGCCUGAUGGAUCUAGCCAAGAGGCUCGGGCGCAGCUGUCGGUCUGGACCACGGCUUACAUUGCUCGGCUGCGGGAGUUGGCGGCGACGUCGACGGGAGGACUCGACAUCACGCUUCCCAUUCUCACGGUGCGAGGCGGGCAGUGGGAGCUGUCCUUCAUCAUUGACAAGGCCGACGCUAUUGAGAUGGUGACAUUGCCGCCGAUUGGCGACACGAGAUCGAUUGUGGAUUGUUACAAGGUGAUAGCACUGAUAAGAUGGUUGGCUGUGUGGUCGGUGACAGUGUUUCGCAAAUGGAUGACGGAUAAAGCCUUGGUCCUGAGAACGGUGACAUAG